AUGGUAGCUCAAUCGAACGGGUCGGGCAUGUCUAGCCACAGCAGAACCUCCGACGGGGAAGCAUACUUUGAUUGCCUCAUCAUCGGCACAGGUCCAGCUGGUGGAUCUCUGGCAUGUUUCUUAGCCCAGAAUGGCUUGACGGGCUUGUUGGUCAGCCAAGAUCGUGGGAAUGCGGACACGCCACGAGCUCACAUCACCAACAUGGCGACGCUUGAUUGUCUAAGAGACAUUGGACUCGAUCGGGAAUGCUAUGCUAUAGGCACGGGAGCAGACAGCAUGAUGCACACACGCUGGUCAAACAGCUUCGCCGGCGAAGAGUAUGCACGCAUCUACUCUUGGGGUAACGAUCCAGCACGGAAGGGUGACUAUGUCCUAGCAUCUCCAUCAGAGCCCCUGGAUCUUCCGCAGACAUUACUUGAGCCAGUAUUGACACGAUACGCUACGCUCAACGGUUUUCAGGCUCGUUUCGACACCUCUUUCAUCAAGUUUGAGCGAGAAGGCAAGCAUAGUCCGAUCAGGGUAAAGCUGCGAGACCAGAUCAGCAAACACGAGUACUACGUGCGCUGCAAGUAUCUCUUUGGUGCGGAUGGCGCCCGUAGUCAGGUUGUCAGACAGCUUGACCUGCCGAUGAUUAAGAAGCCGAGCCAAGGCUUUGCCAUCAACGUUCUGAUAGAAGCCGACAUGAAUCACUUGAUGGAGAAUCGUAUGGGCAAUCUCCAUUGGCUACUGACCAUGGACAAAGUACAUCCCGACUUUGCUUGGAUCGGCUGCAUUCGUAUGGUCAAGCCGUGGCACGAAUGGCUUUGUAUCAUCUUUCCGGCUCCAGGUGCGAAGCGUGAAGUCCGCUCCGCGGAGGAAUACGUCCCGAGGAUACGAGAAUUCAUCGGUGAUGAUUCUGUAGAUGUCCAGAUCAAAGGCAUCAGUACUUGGGUCAUCAACGAGACUGCGGCUGAUGUCUACUCUGACGGAAACAUCUUUUGUCUAGGCGAUGCAGUGCAUAGACACCCACCAAACCAUGGUCUCGGUUCCAACACGUCCAUCCAAGAUGCAUACAAUCUGGCAUGGAAGGUCGCUUACGUGGAGAAGGGAUAUGCCGGACCCGAGUUACUACACACUUACAACGAUGAACGACAACCUGUCGGGCUCGAUGUUGUCACACAGGCAAAUGCAUCACUGCGCAACCACGGCAGGAUCUGGCAGAUACUUGGCAACAUGGAGGAGACCCCAGAAGCCCGAGUGGCAGCUUUCAACCAGCUCUCAGAGGACUCUGAACCUGGUCAACAACGCCGCGCUGCUCUUCAAGAAGCCUUGCGACUAAUCCACCGUGAGGAGCAGGGUCUCGGCAUCGAGAUGAAUCAGCGCUACCAAUCGAGUGCCGUUCUCACAGCAUCAGACGACCAAUGCCCGAGCUUUGACACUGAUCCGCUGGAAUACUAUCAUCCUACCACAUUUCCAGGCGCUCGCCUACCGCAUGUAUGGCUAAGCAAAAGCGUACCUUCGAACGCGAUUUCCAUCAUUGACCUGGCCGGGCACGGCAGAUUUGCCCUGUUCACUGGUAUCGGUGGAGAUGGUUGGAAAUCUGCCGUACAAAAGGUUCAGCACAACUUACAGAUACCAAUUGUGGCAUAUCAGAUCGGGUUCCGACAGGAGUGGGAAGAUAGGUAUAUACGCUGGGAGCAGCUGCGUGGUGUGGGUGAGUCAGGUUGCGUGUUGGUUAGACCAGAUCGGUUCGUUGCAUGGAGGUGUCAGUCGUGGAAGGCUGGUAGUGAAGAUGAUUUGAUGGCUGCGGUCCGCAAAGUACUUUCGCUAUGA